ACCAACAAACAAAACUUUUAUCAUUAUAAAGUGGUGCAAAACGUUAAAUGAAAUGCACAACAUACCAACUGUGGUGGCACUUUAUCCGUGAGGCAUUUGGUCUGUUAAGUCAUAAAGUAUUUCCUUUUAAAAAAAAUAUGUCCUGGUGGGGAACAAGUGGGAUUAUCACACCCCACUGGGAAUUUUUUAUCUAAGAAACUGUAAAGAAGACACACUGACAUAAAACUUUUCUUGGCACUGUAUUGGUAGGUUGUGUGAUAAUCUGUUUGUUAUUUACGCAGCAAUAAGUAGUAAUUAUAGACGUGUAACCGGGAAAAUUGGUUGUUGUUUUCAUAUCAUUUAACACGCAAGUUUUCCAUGGUCCACUUGCUUCUGUUUCAUAAUUCCCCUACUGUACUGUACGGUCCUGUGCGCUCCUUGUGCCCCGGCGCUGCGGCCUGUCGCUUGUGGUCCAUCACCGAGCCGCGCUUUCCCGGUCGGGGGCCGCGCUAACGAGCUCCUCCUCCUCAUUUUGGGGAUUUACCCCGGGGCGCACUGACCACUGGACGCACCGAGGAGGCUCCGAGGAUUUACUGCCAUGCAGCCGACCCAGCCUCGAGUUAACCGAGCUGACGCCAGGGGAUGUAAGGGUUAUGAGCUCUUAGAAGGAGAAAAAAAAAAAAAAAAAAAAAAACACUGGCAAGCACAGAGCGCGGCAUAGAGAGGACAAUGACUGCUAAGUGAAAAUAUGAAUUCGCCUCUCUGGUGGUGACAAUUACGCACAGAAAUGCGCUGAGCGAGAGGACACGAGAAAAACAUCACAAAAAGGUAAGGAGAUGUUUUUUUUCAAGACAGAAUACAUCAGAAGUAUGUUCAUAGUCUGUUAAGUUAGAUUCAUGUCAUGGCCUAAUGGGAAUAUACUUUAUCUAUGUAUUAAAGUUUAAGGUGAUGAUGACUUGUUCAGUGUAAUACUUCAUGGCCUCUGACCCGCCUGAACCUGUUUGCUCCGACUGCAGGUGUAACUACAGAGGGUGAUGGUUUCUCUCAUACAGCUCUUUUCUCCUGAGGACCUGUGAUCCGCCACCGUCACCAAUGACUGUCACCUACACAGCCAGAGUUGCAAACGCCCGAUUCUGCGGCUUCUCUAAGCUGCUUCUGGUCUGGAAAGGGAGCAUCUACAAGGUGCUGUACAAAGAGUUCCUGGCUUUCUUUGCCAUGUAUACCGCCAUCAGCAUCACUUACAGAUUUUUCCUCUAUGAUGACCAGAAGCGGUAUUUUGAAAAACUGGCAAUUUAUUGCAACCACUAUGCCAGUCUCAUCCCUAUGUCCUUUGUACUGGGUUUCUAUGUGACCCUGGUGGUGAACCGCUGGUGGAACCAGUACACCAGCAUCCCUCUCCCUGACAGGCUGAUGUGCGUCCUGUCAGGGGGUCUCCAGGGGAGCGACGAGCGGGGCCGCUUGCUCAGGCGCACCAUGAUGCGCUACGCCAGCCUGUCAGCCCUGCUCAUCCUCCGCUCCGUCAGCACAGCUGUCUUCAAGCGUUUCCCCACCAUGGACCAUGUGGUGGAGGCUGGAUUUAUGUCCAGAGAGGAGAGAAAGAAGUUUGAGGGUCUCCACUCUCCUUAUAACAAAUACUGGAUCCCCUGCGUCUGGUUCACCAACCUAGCUGCUGUGGCCCGCUGUGAGGGAAGGAUCAAAGACGAUCACACGCUCAAACUGCUGCUGGAGGAGCUAAAUGCGUUCAGAGGGAAGUGCAGCAUGUUGUUUCAUUAUGACAUGAUCAGUGUUCCCCUGGUCUACACUCAGGUGGUGACAUUGGCUGUGUACAGUUUUUUCCUGGUGUGUCUAAUCGGUCGUCAGUUCCUGGACCCCAAUCAAGGUUAUCCAGGUCACGACCUCGACCUGUAUGUGCCCAUCUUCACCCUGCUGCAGUUCUUCUUUUAUGCAGGGUGGCUCAAGGUUGCAGAGCAGCUGAUCAACCCCUUUGGAGAAGAUGAUGAUGACUUUGAGACUAACUGGCUAAUAGACAGAAAUUUCCAGGUGUCCAUGAUGGCAGUGGAUGAGAUGUAUGGAGAUCUGCCGAUGAUGGAGAGAGACCGCUACUGGAAUGACUCCAACCCCCGGCCACCUUACACCGCUGCCACUCUCUUUGUUCUCCGCAAACCCUCCUUUCAGGGGUCCACUUUUGACAUGGCGAUCCCUAAGGAGGAGAUGCAUUUCCAACCUCUGGAGGACAUUGCUGAGAACUUGGAGGAGUCAGGCAGUCGUCACCCCAACAUGGCCCUUUUCAACCGCCUCCUGAACGCAGCUCCAUCCCCCACUGGCCUCAUGGGUGGGGCUCUUCGCCGCACCUCAGCCCAGCUUCAGAGGCUACGCCAUUCCCCCAGCAUUGACCAAUGCACCAGCGAUGAUGAUGAUGAUGAAAGCUGUAAGAUAGGCAAAGGGGGGUCUCUGCCAUCAGGGUUGGGGCAGGACACCCAGAGCACCGUGUGCAGUUUCCGGGAGGAGAAGAGCGCCAGAACACCUCUGCUAGAGAUUCAGUUUGGGGUGGAACAGGAGAGGCGAGGAGGGCACCCUGCCAUCAAUGAGAAGAAGGGGGUGAGUGGAGAGGAGGGGAAGAGUGAUGCAGAGUGGCAGACGAGGGAGGAAGGAGGGAAAGCAGAAAGUAUAAAGUGGGAGACCCAAGCUCCGGUGUCACUGCUUCCUCCUCCCCCCCAGUUCUCCACAGAGAGGUCCGCCAGACCAGCCUCCACCAUUCCCAUUGCUUCCCGUCACCCCUCUGCCUUCCUGUUUCACCCGGCUGCCCACUCCAGUCUGGAGCACUGCAGCUCCCAACCAGCUAUCAACCAGAACAGAGUUGUGCCCACCAUCCCCAGACCUCCCUUUAGUGGAAACAAAAUGUCCUUCCUCACCGUUCCGUCUUAUGAUGAACCUCAGCGUUUUCGCAGUGUGAGCAUGGGGUCAGAGCUCACUGGAUCUUAAGUUCCCAUGAGUUUUUGACUGUUUGAAACUAUAAUGCUUGAUUCAUUGCACGUUGUCAUGACUGAAAUUAGUCAUAGCUAUGGAAGUGUACUUCCACUUUUACUUUGAGUAUACAGCAGUUUUUGGAAAUGAGAUUCUUAGAGUUAUACCCCCUGUUUUUGUUACAGAAGCUUCCCAUUGUUAUGUUUGAAAGUCAACUUUGAACUGUACUCAACUUCAACACAGGGUCCUGGAAGGGAUGUUUGGUGUUUGAAAGAAGAUUUUUUUUUUUUUUUACUUUAAUGAAGGAUUUUUGAAGAAUUAUUGUUGAGCGUGUGAAAACAAAAUUAUCUAUUUAAUCUCUGUACAUUUAGAACAGACAUUAUAUAUUUGUUCUAAGCUAUGCUAAACUUGUUUCACCACAAGUUUAGUUUUGGUUAGCACAUAGACUAUAGGGGCAGGGGAAGACUGGCCUCCAUUAAAAAAGAAUAAAGAAAAACCCUUUGGUGACUUAAUAAUUGUCAUAUUUAUAUGCUGCAUCUUGGUAGCUGGUAAACUUGUCACCAUGUAUCCAAGAGCCACCUUAAUUCAGAGGUGUGAGAGUCUACAAUGCAACCAACAUUAGACAGAACUGAAGCACUGUCAGGAGACAGUUAGCUUAGUAAGCUAGUCACUAAUUAUCAUAAUGUUUUUUUACCUAUACAUUUGUUAAAUAUAGAAAAUAUAACAUACUAUG